AUGUCGGUUCCAGACGAGAACCGCUUGAAUUUCAUCGAUUAUUUGGUCUUUGCAUUAGUGCUCACCAUUUCAGCAUUGAUUGGCGUUUAUUACAAACUAAGCGGCGGUCGGCAGCGAACCACCGAUGAAUACCUGUUGGCCAACAAACAGAUGUCCGUAAUUCCGGUCUCAUUCUCAUUGAUGGCCAGUUUUCUGUCGGCAAUAUCACUGCUCGGAGUGACGGCAGAGAACUAUAUGUUUGGCACACAGUUUUUGGUCAUUAAUUUUGCGUACCUUUUGGGCACUCCGAUCGUCGCCUAUGUAUUUCUGCCCGUCUUUUACAAACUUAAAGUGGUCUCCAUUUAUGAAUAUUUGGAGCACCGGUUCAAUCGUAAUGUACGACUCUUGGCCUCUUUGGUCUUCACCUCUCAAAUGAUAAUUUAUAUGUCGAUUGUGUUAUACGCGCCGGCAUUGGCUCUCAACGCCGUCACCGGUCUCUCCAAAUGGACGGCUAUAAUAUCGGUGGGCAUUGUCUGUACCCUCUAUUGCACUAUCGGUGGCAUCAAAGCUGUCAUUUGGACGGAUGUGUUUCAGUCUCUCCUUAUGUUUACGGCAAUGAUUAUUAUUGUGAUUAAAGGCACGUAUGAUGUCGGAGGGCUGGAUGUGGUCUGGGAAAGGGCUCGACUCACAGAUAGGCUUCAGUUAUUUAACUUAGAUCCAAAUCCUAUGACAAGACAUACGGUUUGGUCUCUCCUUUUGGGCGGUGUAUUCAUAUAUGCGUCCAUUUAUGGCGUUAAUCAGACACAAGUCCAACGGAUGCUAACACUCAAGACUUUACGCAAAUCCCAAUUGUCUCUCCUCAUGAGUUGGCCGAUCACUUUCCUCUUGGCUCUGUUGACAGCGUUUACAGGUUUAGUCAUUUUCGCCAACUUCUGGCGAUGCGAUCCACUCGUCAAGCAUCACAUCUCAAAAGCGGAUCAAUUGUUACCGUAUUAUGUAAUGAAAUCUCUGUCCUCCUAUCCGGGCGUUCCGGGAGUUAUAAUCGCCGGCAUAUUCUGCGGCGCGUUGUCCUCCGUGUCCUCAUUUGUCAACUCAUUGGCCGCCGUGUCGUUAGAAGACUACGUAAAACUGUUUUUCGGCAAACGAUUGACGCCAAAGACCGAAACCAUUGUCACCAAACUGUUGGCCAUGUUUUACGGUCUACUCUGUGUCCUAUUGACUGUAGUGGCGGAUCAAAUGCCGGGUCUAUUGCAGGCGUCGCUCAUUGUGUUUGGUGUUGUCGGCGGACCGUUGCUUAUGCUCUUCACGGCCGGCAUGUGUUGCCCGACGUGUAACUCAUGCGGAGCUUUGACCGGAUUUAUCGUUAGCCUAAUCGUCGGCUUUUGGAUCGGUUUCGGGAAUCUAUUGUUCGGAGCGAAACCAAUACCUCUGUCACAGUCUAUCGAAGACUGUCCUGACAUCGGCUUUAAUACCACUCAAAGAUCCCAAACAAUAUUGAUAUCUGAAGACAAAUCACUUUCAUUAUACAAUCUGUCGUAUAUGUGGUUCGCGGCCUUCACUUGGAUUACAGGUCUUAUUGUGGCCUUAAUUGUAAGCAAAUUGUGUGGAAAUCACAAUGAAGUGAAUCCAACACUUUUGACGCCAUUUUUGCGCAAUAAAGACAAUUCAAAAUCUGAUGAACAAUCAGAUAAUAUAUUGCUGUAA